CAACAUGGCUGCAGAAAGAUCUUAAACCUUAUGGCAUAUCUUUAGCACCAAACGCUCUGGUAAACCCGUGACACUCAUUGGCUUUUCACAGCAAUGAAAGUCAUAUUAUCAGUGAACGUACCUUCUCCUUAUGUCUAGCAAGCAACCGUACAACGAAAGUGUAAUCGAUAUCGCUGAUGGCCCGAGAGACGUACUUGAUGAACCAAAUUAUGAUGAAGGGAAUGAAACAAAUGCAAGAAUACCAAGAGUUUCAAGAGACUCUAGAAAUAACGAAACUGCUACUACAUACGACAAUUCGACUAGCUCCUCCCCUGACGGGCAGUUGUUCUCGACCAAUUACGUCGACCAACUGGUCGAAUCUUUCUGGACAAAAAUUGACCAAAAGAUUGACGAUGCAGUAUCACAGCAACAAGCAGCACAUAAAAUACAAGAACAGACUCUACAAAAUGAUAAACAAGCAAAAGAAAAGGAGAAAGCAUCCGCCGUGGGGAAGUACACAGAAUAUUAUAAUUUCUCGUAUUCUUUUAUAUAUAUGUUUGAGUUUUUGCUGAGGAUAUGUACACUUUUCAAAACGAAGGUCUUUGCUAAAGCAAGAACAGCCGUAGCUUUUAUAUCUAGUAUUCAAUGGCGGGAAAAUUUUGCCAAGUGCUUGUUUCAUCGUCGUGCUCAUUUUAUAGUAUUUUUACUGACUGUCAUCGAUGUAACGUUGGUGUCAUUGAUCAUCUUAAGGGAUUUUGAUUUUGUAGACGAAGAGAACAACGUUGCUGCGUUCCAAACAUUCCAGAUAAUUUGUCUAUCUAUCAUGAGUUGCUUUUUACUUGAGAUUCUAUUAAAGAUCGUAUGCGUGGGAAAGGCCAUUUUCUCAGAUAGUCUUGAGGUAUUUGAUUGUAUCCUGGUAACCUUCUACUUUAUUGCUGAACUGGCUGCAACAAAAGCUUUCAGGAAUAUUGACGGAACGUACUCCAAGUACAUCCAUAUAGCUGCCUCUUUACGGCUUUGGAGAAUCGUUAUCAUUUUGAGUGACGCUUUUUUAACAAAAGACGAAGCAGAAGAAACGGGAUGACAAGUUUCUCAAUUUCAAAGCACGAAUAGCAAAUAUCCAUUCUUAGAUAGCCAAAAUAUACACUAACGGA